AUGCAACAGCAAUACGAGUAUGAUCCAAAUCAGUGGCAGCAGUUUGAUCCCAACGUCCAUUAUUAUUAUGAUGAACAAGGCCUCCUUCAUUAUUAUGAUCCUAAUACGAACCAAGAAUAUGACAUGACAGAAUAUGCACCCUACGGUCCUACCACUCAAGGCUAUUCACCGCACUACGGCGAACACACGACGGCUCCCGAACGACAACCGACUCCUUCGUUGGCGCCACCGCCUGUUGAACGCGUCAUGACUCCCAUCACCCAACGAUUGGCGUCACCGCAACCGGAAAUGCUUUACCCCUGUCCUGAUCAACUCUGUGAAGGUGAAAACAAAGCCAAAGCAAAAUUCUGCUGCGAAUGUGGUCGGCCCUUGGGAAGCUUUUCGAGAUCCAGCACUCCGGCAACGGCCUUAUCUCCACCUCCAGCAGCCCCUUACAGGGUGUCCAAUGACAUGUAUUCUGCGGCCGACGUUUCAGCGGCUCCACCUGACCCACUUCAACGUGGAAAAGGAUGUCCGCUUGUAUCGUUUGGUUUCGGUGGCAAGCUGUGUGUCAUGUUCCCGCAGACGGUUCAGCGAUUUACCAAUACGAGCUAUGAACAGCGAGCGCCGAUCACGAAACGUAUGCCGAGCGUUAUUCAAAUCAAGUCACUCAAAUCUGUACUGGGGGAUCAACACACUGCCUUGAGUAGCUUGUCUGAAUUUGUCGGACCCGUGCUGAUGGAUUCAAAGAUGAAUGUGAAGUCAAAGAAGAAAGAGGUCAUUGCGUAUAUGCACAAGCGCAUUGAAGAAUUCAACGUUACAUUAUCCACACUGGCAGAAGGAUCGCAUGAACACACCCACAUGAAAAAUAAGAUGUUGCUGUGGAAGCUUGUUCAAACUCUCAUCGAAAACGAAGGACACAUUGGUGAUGGAAGCGCAAUGGACAACGCUAUUCGUGGUUUAUUGCAGCUGCCUGCCGUCACCGAAGACGAGCAAAACACGUUCAGUGUGCCUGCCUAUGCACAAGAAUUGCCUUCCACGGAAAAUGACGAUGAUCGAUCCACCUUUAUUCUCGACAAGUUGCAGCGACUCCUUCUGAAUGGUGAUCGGGACGGUGCCGUUGAAUAUGCUAUGCAAGAAGAUUUGUGGGCGCAUGCUUUGAUCCUGAGCAGUUGCAUCAACAAGGAUCUGUGGAAAACGGUUGUGACAGGAUUCAUUGAACGAGAACUAGCCGUAACACCUGAAGUCAAGCAAAGCCGGGUGUAUCAACAUGUGCUUGGUGAUAAACAGUCAUUGCGUGUGCUCUAUUCUUUGUUUGCCGGAUCAGGAGCGGCGGCCGUCUCAGAAUUAACGCGCAAUCAGCCGUUACAACGUCCUAAUACGCCUUACGGUGCCGCCACGGCAGCACCUGUGAUUGAUCCCGAUCAGUUGAGUCACUGGACAGAGACUUUGGGACUUAUUCUGGCCAACAGGACUGCACGUGAUGCAGAGGCAAUUACCGCGAUUGGCGAUCUUCUCAAAACCGCAGGAUGGAUUGAAGCUGCUCAUUUCUGUUAUCUGCUUUCGCCGCAAACAUCGGUGCACUCGGGUAUCGAUGCAGUCAACGUUCGUCUCACGCUGAUCGGAGCUCAAGGACCACACGCUUAUACCCAGUUGGAUGCGUUAUAUCUUACUGAACUGUACGAAUUUGCCCUGGCAACCAAGCAAUCGUCCCCCGUACCACUGCCCUUCUUGCAAGGAUACAAAUUUGCUCACGCGUUAUGGCUAGCUGAUAUGGGUUGCGUUGGGGAAGCUCAGCGUUACUGCGAAGCUAUUGCCAACGGUAUCAAGACGUAUACCAAGGGAAGUCCGUAUCUGCAUCAGCAUCUGGUGGAGAAGCUGAAAGAAUUCGCUCAACUGUGUGAGAUGGCCAGUGGUAACAGCUUUGGGUUUGUAUCUUCAAUUUUUUAUUUCGCAAAGUAUUUGAUUGAGGAACCAGAGAAUCUAACAAUCGGUUUUUGCUUGUCAUUGUUUUUUUCAGCGCUGAUGCGGGUGGAUGGUUGA